CGGGGCCGGCAGCGGCGGCGGGAUGCGGCUGCCGGAGCUGUGCCUGGCGCUUCUCUGCGCCGCCAGCACCGGCACCGGCACCGAAGCGCCGCGGGCAGCCCGGGAGCGGCCGCUGGCUCCGGGACGCGGGGAGCUCGGGGCGGCCCGCCUGGACCCCCGGCAGGUGUGGAUGCUGCUGGCCGGGAGCCCCGGCAGGGGCAGCGCCGAGCGGGGCCGCUCGGCACCCGCGGGGCCCGGCGCGCCGGGAAGAACAAGCGCGGCUGUGCCCGAGGAGCUGCUGAGGGAGCUGCAGCUCCGGCUCGCAGGCACGGCAAAGAUGUGCAGGACAGCUGGGGAAGGGCGUACGGAGGAGGAAAGCAGCAAAGGCAGCCCCCAGGCCGGGGCCCAGCGUCGUGUGGAAGCAGCCUUCCAUUGCCAAACGCGCGAGGACAUCGCUGUGGAGCAGAGCACGCGGCAGGAGCUGGGGCUGUUCCACAUUCCUGAGAGGGAGAGGCUGUUCCAGCGUGGCCCAGGGCUGAACCUGACCAGCGGGCAGUACACAGCCCCGCUCGCAGGGUACUACACGUUCAGCAGCACGCUGCACAUCGCGCGCAGGGAGCCGCGCAGGAGGAGGCAGGGAUGCCGGGGGAGCCGCCUGCGGCUGCUGAUCUGUGUGCAGUCCUGCUGCCAGCACAACAGCCAUCUGGAGAGCGUGUCCUGGCUGGAGAGCAGCGGGGACCUUUUCACCAUCUCUGUCACAGGCACCCUGUACCUGCAGGCUGGGCAGUAUGCCUCUGUUUUUGUGGACAACACGGCAGGCUCUCCCAUCACCGUCCAAAGUGGCUCCGAUUUCAGUGCUGUGCUGCUGGGAGUGUGAAGAGGUUGAACCAUGCUGAACCUGUGGCAGGAGCAGCCAGACCCUUCCCUCUGCCAGCCACCAUCGUGUCUUCCCUGCUAAGGAAGACCAUUUGCUCAUGCUGGAAACUGCAGUCUGGUCCAAUACUGCUCAUGCUGCAGAACCAGCUGAAGAUGGAUAAAAGAUCAUGAAGAUGAUGAUGAUAAUAAUAAUAAAGCAGCCUGAGCAGGA